CCUAAACGUAGUCAAUGACGCCGUAUGUACCAAACGAGUCGCCAAAAAUCGCCUUUUACAAAGGAAAAUGGUCAUGAUUGGUCGUAAAAGGAGUGGUAGGAGUGGGAGCAAUCAACCGAUGUUUCACUAAAAUUUAAAUUCAACAGGGUGUGUGUGGUUCGUUACGUGUGCUCCGAAAACAUUAUUUUACAUUUUUUGAUAUAAUAUCUGAUAUAAUAAUUCAAUAAAACACAAGGAAAAAAAAGCGAUAUAUUGGAAUACCGCGAUUGAAGUAGGUUUUUUAGGAUUUUCUGUAGAAAGAGGAACUGGAAUUGUUGUAAAUUUGGUUAAGUUCAGUAAGCUAUGCUCGAUGAAAAUAAACCUGUGAGACAGGAUGACGAUAAUCUGGAAAAGAUAAUUGAUACACAAGCCAAGAGACUGCAAGAACUCAAUGCGGCCACAAUAUUAAUAAAAGGUAAGCAAAAUAUAAAGGAUGAACUUCGGAGAGCAUAUGAAGAAGUAUUACAAAUUUCAUCUAGUAUCUUGGAAACAAAGAAAAUGUUACUAAGAAUAAAUGAACAGAGCUUGCGUUCCAAGGAAUUAUUGACAUUGAUUGAUGCUUUGGACAAAAGAAUUCUUCAUCAAGAAGAGAAUGUUCCACCUGAACUUAUACAAGGUUACCAGAAUGCAACUGUAUCCUCCCCUCAUAUGUUAAAGUGCACUGUAAAUUCAAUGCACCACCAGUUAACAGCACAAAUACCUAGUAGUAGUAAAAUAAUUGAAAAGCUUAAAAAGACAGAUUGUAAAAGAACUCUUUUUAAUGAACCAGAAGUAUGUCCAACAAUACCAUUUAUUACUUUAGAAGAAUUUAAUAAAGUGCCUAAAUAUAUUAUUGGGAGGCAAACAACUAAUAAUUUGGAUACAAUUAAUAACUUUAUAAGUGCUAUUAAUCAGACAUUAAUUGCAAAGUAUACAAUUUUAUCAUUAGGCAAAGCUGCUGCUCAAAAAAAAGGUGAAAUUAAUUUAUUUUUACAUUAUAAGAAGCAGGAAUUUGACAUCCGAGAAGAAAAUGGAUACCUCUACUUUUUCACAGCUGAAGAUUUUUAUAGACAAACAAAAACAAAGAUUGAUAAGCCCAAGUUAAAUUUGUUAACUGCAUUGCGCCAUUGCAAACGUUUACGAGAAUGUAGGAUAAAAAAUGAUUUACGAUAUGUAAUAAUAUCAAAUUAAUUAAUAUUAUUUUUGUAUAUAUAAAUAUACAUGAAUAUUCAUCAUGAAUUAAAAAAUACAUUCUAAUACUGAUAUUGUAUAUUGAUGUAACAUGGUCAGUAGUUUUAGAAUAUGAAUAUGAAUAUGUGAAUGAAAUAUAUGCAUAAUAUAUUUCUUGAAUA